AUGAACAGAGUAGGACUUAGACUUGGGGGUUGUUUCCCCGUGGCCAGUUUGAUACAGAGAAGAGCCGUCUCGUACACUUUGCCAUCCAUCAAAACUUUGGACAACAACAAAACCACCAACACCGAUUUCCAAGGGUUAUUCUCGAGCAAGACCGUUGAUGAAUUAUGGUACAAGAGAGGAACACACUUGGUUGAAGGAUUGAACCAGCUUUUAGAGGAAAACAACGUCAGCAACCGUCCAUCUGACUUGAACCAGUUGAUCCAACAAACUUUCAACAAGCCAGAUUUGUUUGGUGUGUACGCUUAUGCCUCUUUGUUACACAACUUGCAGUUCUACAUGGAAUCUUUGAAGCCAAACACUACUGCUGAAGCCUCCCAAAACGUCAAGCAAUGUGGUCCAGAAGAACUCUUGAAAACCCCACUUAUUGCCGAUGUAUACAACAAUGAACCAACCGACCCAGCUCUCAGAGAUUGGAUCAGUAACUCAUUUGGUUCAGUUGCCGAGUUCCGUACUUUACUUUUGAACUCUGCCAAGGGUAUCAAGGGUGAUGGUACCGUGUGGCUUGUUGCACAAGCUUUCUACUCGGAAAAGACCGUCAAGAACGAAAAGAACCAAUACACCACUUUGGCUGUGAUGAACACUUACAACGCGGGUAUUGUCAAUGACUCUAUCAGAUCUGGUCAAGUUACCAAGUUGCAACAACAGAAGCAAGCCAAGGCCGACUUCUUGAAGAGAAAGCAACUCGAAAGACAAAACGCCGAAACUGAAGGUAAGGUUGAAGAAGUUAUCGAAGAAGAAGAAGGGGUCGAAGAAACUAAGAAUGAAUCCAAAACUGACGACUUGGUUUUGGGAACUGUAGAAGAAGCCGAGGCCUCUGCCUUGUUCUUGGACAAGAAGUUGAUUCCAUUGUUAGCCAUCGAUGCCUCCCCAAGAAACUACCUCCUUGACUACGGUGUCUACGGUAAGCAACAAUACUUGGACAAUGUCUGGGAUUGCAUAGACUGGAAUGUUGUUGCGGAAAGAGCCCCCGUCAGAUCCAAGCCAACCAUUGACUACAUUUAG